AAGCCAAAAUGGAGGGCAAUUCUAUACUCCAUGCUUUUAACAACAUCUAUUUUGCAAUCUUUGCUUUAUUUUGCUUCAAGCUUUUAAUUAAGAUUUCUUUGGCUCUACUGACCCACUUCUAUAUUGUUAAAGGCAACAGAAAAGAGGCUGCCAGGAUUGCAGAAGAGAUCUAUGGAAUAGCACCAGGUUCAUGGGCAGAUCGAUCUCCUCUUCAUGAAGCUGCAUUCCAAGGGCGCCUGCUAUCUUUGAAAACAUUGAUUGCGCAGGGAUUCAAUGUGAACAUUGUAACCAUAGAUCGGGUUUCUGCUCUCCACGAGGCCUGCCUGGGUGGCCAUGUCACUUGUGCGAAAGUCUUACUGGAGAACGGCGCUCAAGUCAAUGCAGUCACUGUUGAUGGGAUCACUCCUCUCUUUAAUGCCUGCUGUAGUGGCAGUGCAGCUUGUGUGAACAUGCUGCUUGAAUUUGGAGCCACGCCACAGCUAGAGAAUCACCUUGCUUCACCUAUUCAUGAAGCAGUAAAGAGAGGUCACAGGGAGUGUAUGGAAAUUCUUGUGGCCAAUGACGUUGACAUUGACCAAGAAGAUUCGCAGCACGGAACACCCCUUUAUGUGGCCUGCAUGUAUCAGAGGACAGACUGUGUCAAGAAGCUUCUCGAACUAGGAGCCAGUGUUGACUUGGGUAAACGAUUAGACACUCCACUCCAUGCUGCAGUUAGGAAAUCCAGCGCAGAAGCAGUCAACUUGUUAACGGACUAUGGCGCUAGCUUGACACGCAGAAAUGCUGAAUUCAAAUGUGCCCUUGAUCUGGCAGCCCCCAACAGCAAAGUGGAACAGGCCCUCUUGCUUCGGGAAGGUCCUGCCAGCCUUGCCCAGCUGUGUCGGCUGUGUAUCAGGAAGUGUCUGGGUCGCUCAUGUCUUUAUGUAGUCCACAAGCUGAAUCUUCCUGAGCCACUUGAGAAAUUUCUCUUAUAUCGAUAGCUCUAUGACUGUCUAUAAGAUGGUUGCCAAGAGAGGAACAAAAUGGCUGUUUACCACAAAGAUAUUAAACCAAAGUGAAAAACAAA